GGCCGGUGCUGCGGGGCUGCGCGCGCCAUGUCGGGGCGCUCGGUGCGGGCCGAGACCCGCAGCCGCGCCAAAGAUGACAUCAAGAAGGUGAUGGCAGCCAUCGAGCGCGUCCGCAGAUGGGAGAAGAAGUGGGUGACGGUGGGCGACACGUCUCUGCGGAUAUUCAAGUGGGUGCCAGUGGCGGACAGUAAGGAGAAAGAGAAAUCCAAAUCGAGUAGCAGCACGGCCCGAGAAGCCAAUGGCUUCCCAGCUGACACCUCUGCCAACUCCUCCCUCCUUCUGGAGUUCCAAGGUGCUGUUUCUACAGAUGAGAACAGCAACCAGAGCUCCCUGUCUGAUGUAUACCAGCUCAAGGUGGACAGCAGUCCCAACUCCAGCCCCAGUCCUCAACAGAGUGAGUCCAUGAGUCCUGCCCACACAUCUGACUUCCGCACAGACGACUCACAGCCUCCUACCCUGGGGCAGGAGACCCUGGAAGAGCCCUCCCUGCCUUCCUCAGAAGUGGCAGAUGAGCCUCCCACUCUCACAAAGGAAGAGCCAGUCCCCCUUGAGACUCAGGUAACUGAAGAGGAUGAGGACUCUGGUGCGCCACCUCUGAAGAGAUUUUGUGCUGACCAGAACUCUGUGUGCCACACAGCCUCAGAGAGCUAACCUGCCUGGCCCGGCACCUUCGCCAGCCCCUUGCAGAGCCACCUGGCCCCCCAGGACCAGUGCUUCCCUCCAGCCUGCCCCUUCCCCGGUGUCGGGGCUCCCACCACUCGCAUCAAGUGCGCCCUGCCCUGCCCUAUCCUGCCCUGCCCGAUGGAUGGGGCUGCUGCCAGUACCUGCAAAUUUGCCUCUAUUUAUUGGCUCCCUCUCUCCCUGCUCCCUGCCCUAGAGCUGGGGCUCUCUGCUGGGUGGGCUGCAUGUGGGGGGGGGUUCUCCAUGGGGCUCCCUGCUCUCCAUGGUCCCCAGGACACUUGGCAGAUGCUGUUUGCCUGCUUGUGGCUCCCCUGCCUGCCCUUCCCCUGGGUGCUGGGAACAGGAGAGGCACCUUCCACCUGCUCCGGGUGAUGUGUUCACUCGGUUGUGGGAGCAGGUGAUGAUGGGUGUGGGGGGCAGUGAGGUCCCCCGCCGGCAGGGACCCACUGGGACGCUGUGCAAUAAGCUGCUAGUUUAAGCCAUUCAUGCUGGGAGAGAGGGGAGCGCUUUCCCCUCCCAGAGGGCAGGUCCUGACUGGCCUCGGCUCUGCCUCGGGGCACAACUCCAGCCGAGUGGAAUUUGCAGUCCCCCAGGAGCCUGCAGAGCAGGAGGAGCCGCUGCCCUAUGCUGGAGGGCCUUGCCCCGGCCUAGGUACCCGCUAUCUCCGAGGUGGGAAAGGAAGCAGCAGGGUGCUGGAGCUCCCGGGAAGCGCUCCCGCCCUGGGGCUCUGCCGCCCCCCAAUACCCGCUGCCCCCCUAGCCCCAACUCUCCCCCCGCUGCCACUGCAUGUCCCGCCGAGUCCGUGAUCGAGCCUGGUGAAGCUGGAGGCGCGGCCGCGCGUGGAAGUGGAAAGUUAUUUUAGCACUGAAUAGAAUAUUUUUAAAAUUAAACUUUGAAAUACAGA